GCGCGAGGUCUGUGCGCAUAUCGCAAAACACGGAAGCUGUAGCCUAUCGCACUAUGAGCUUUUCCAUUGUUAGAAGUGGCAAUUUGAGUGACCAACAAUGGUGCAAUUCACUCUCACACAUGAAAGACGGAGAGCGUCGUCAGCGUUUGGAUAAAGGUGUAAGAUUGUGGAGGAUGACUUGAGUACCUACUGUAAGUAGUGCCAACAACAUGGCCUACACAAAACAUUCAGCGGUGGACUAUGUAAGAAAUGCACGACUACUACUUAUUGAGCACCUCAAGAAUCAAUCACUCAUUGUUGACAAACUUCAACAGUUAAAGGUAUUCAAUUUUGAGAAUGGCAGAGCUAUCAUGUCAGAAAAGAAUCCCUCUGACCAGACCAGGCAUAUUGUAGAUUUUGUCACCAACAAGGGUGAAGAAGCAAGCUAUUUAUUGCUCAGGAUUCUAGAUAGUGAGCGGGGCAGAACAUUACCAAAAGAUGCCACUCCUGACUUGCAUCAAUGGAUCAGUUGUUUCUCCUUCAGACAGGAUCCUGAAAUGGAGCCCACAGGCUCGAAGCCAUGUCAACAAUACCAAAACCAGCUCAAAAGGAAAGCCCAGACAAUACUAAAUAAUCACUUGAAACAAUCGAAAUCCCUCAUACCAGAAUAUGGAAAGUUUUUUUAUGCCCCACUUGUGCUCGACACAGAUGGACAGCAAUGUCCAGUGAAGGCUAAAAUUAAACAGAAAAGCAAAAAGUACAAGAUGUCACGCACUAAGAAGCUGAGCACCUAUAUACCCUCAAAAGAACCUCAGGAAUCCCCUGAAGAUCUGCUGAAAAAUGGGCAAGAUGUUUUGCUUGUUGGCAAACCAGGAAUUGGAAAGACGACCAUCACCAUGGAAAUGAUCAACCUCUGGGCUAAUAUGGAAAACAGAAGACUUAACUAUCUGUUCUACUUUGAUGAGACAACACUUCCUGACAUGUCAAAACCAACUAAUCUAGAAUCUUUGCUGUUUGAUGCAUACGUUGAGCCACAUUCAAAGAGAGAAGAGGUCCUACAAGACAUCAAGGAUAACUCUGAACAUGUUGUCAUAUUAUUUGAUGGCGUCAAAAAUGUUCCUUUCAAUUCAAUCCUGUGUAAGAUACUGAACAAAGAAAUUCUCCCAGAGGCCAAGGUUGUGUUGACCUGCAGACCAGAACAUGAGGAGGUCCUUCCAGAGAUGGCUUGCCGAGUGUGUGUGCAGGGGUUCAAUGAGAAAUCACUCCAAAAAUGUUUGUCCAGCAUACUUCAAGAUAAACCUGAUGCUGUGGCAUUAGUAAUGGGGAAUCCAGAGCUGCGUAGCCUUUGUCAUGUCCCCAUUCAUGCACUUAUGGUUGCUGCCUGCAUGCUGGAUAACAGUGCUAAAGCUCCCAACCAGUGCACAGUAACAAACAUCUACCUCAAUAUAUUCCGCCAUGUACUGGGGAAAUGUGAACCAGGUUUAAUGAAGCCACAAUUAGACCAAUUUAUUAGGGACAAUAAAGGAAAGAUUGUGCAUUUGUGUAAACUUAGUUUUAGUGCAAUCAAACAGCGGUCUAUUCUUCUACAGGAUUGUGAAGACGGCAAGAUUGAGCGUAAUUUUCUGAAUCAACUGACUUUUCGUGACGGGCCAACUUAUUCAGAAACACGCUGCAGUUUCCUUCACAACACAAUGCAAGAGUUUUUUGCUGCUCUGUGGUUGCUUGCUAAUCCUGGGGAGAUAGAUGACGUUCUGCAAUCAUGUACAAACGAGGAGGGGAAACACAUGAGGCAUGUGAUUCAUUUUCUGAGUGGUCUCCUCUCUGAGAAAAAUGAAAAAUUACUGAAAUGUUUGAUACCAGAAGUGGUCGUUAAAGAGACAUCCCAUGCAUUCCAUGAGAAACUUUUUAGCACAUUUCUGCAACCCCCCACAGAUGAUGAUACCCCAGAUGACAGAAGUGAAGACUUUAUCUUUCUCUGUCAGUGUCUAUUUGAAAUGCAGUCCCAUCAGGCAUGCUCUGCAUUCCUCAGCAAAAUCAGAUGCCGUUUUGAAUUUGGGGAUGGAUGUUUAGACCCUUAUCAGUGCUAUGCCAUGUCUUACAUCAUCAACCAAUCAAAAGACAGCAAGGUUGUUUUAGACCUGACAAAUUGUGAUAUUUCUGAAGAAAUGCAGAAAAUGAUUCUUAGCUGCCUUCAGCACAUCAGUGUUGAUUCCUGCUUUUUACUAACACUCUGGACGGCAGCUUUCGGAUGGGGAAAUGCAGAACAUUUUGCUCAUAUGCUGAAUGUGUUUGGAAAUGAAUUGCACCUACCCGUGUGGGAGACAUCAGUCUUCAAGACAGCACAAAAAGUGAUAUAUCAGAGUCCAGAUAAGAUAAACUUGGUACUGCACUUGGAUCCAGCUACACAACCCCAGAAUGAGGCUGCUUGCAAUCUUGUUCGCAAUGUUCUUCAGCACCUUAAAUCUGCCAGAUUUAUACAAACUCGGUUUGGGGGAAUAUCUUCUGAGGAGUGGAAACACAAAGUGAUGUCAUUCCAUAUGGAUUUGUGUCUGCAAGCAGUUCUCUCUGAGGGGGAAUCGGCAUUCACCACUGUCAGGCUACUGCAUGCACUCUUUGAUAUGCACUUCAGUGAAUCUGACUUCCUCUUAGAUCUGUACUCUCAUGUCAAAGACUGCAAGGCACAAAUGAUCAGUAGCCUCCUCCCAGCCCUGAAGCCAUUAUACCAGUCAGCUGGUCUGAUCUGGUCCAUAGACCUGUCAGAGAGAAAGGCCUCCCUUCUCCUGGAGGUGAUGAAACUCCAGACCCAGAAGAGACCAGUAGAGCUGAGAGGCUGGUCAGAUGAAGAGAGUGAAGUGAGGAGUUUCCUUCAGUGUCUGCCCUACAUAUCACAGCUUAGAUUGACUCAACCUCAGCUUGAGCAAACAUCUUCUGUGGAGUGGAAACACAAAGUGAAGUCAUUCCUCAUGGAUCUGUGUCUACAAGCAUUCCUUCCUGAGAGGGACUCACCACCCACCAUUGUGACUCUGUACACACUGUUUGAUGAGCAGUUCAGUGAAUCUGACUUCCUCUUAGAUCUGUACUCUCAUGUCACAGACUGCAAGGCACAAAUGAUCAGUAGUCUCCUCCCAGCACUGCAGCCAUUAUACCAGUCAGCUGGUUCAGUCUGGUCCAUAGACCUGUCAGAGAGAAAGGCCUCUGUUCUCCUGGAAGUGCUGAACCUCCAGACCCAGAAGAGACCAGUAGAGCUGAGAGGCUGGUCAGAUGAAGAGAGUGAAGUGAGGAGUUUCCUUCAGUGUCUGCCCUACAUAUCACAGCUCAGAUUGACUCAACCUCAGCUUGAGGGGAGAUCUUUUGAGGAGUGGAAACACAAAGUUAAGUCAUUCCUAAUGGACCUGUGUCUGCAAGCAGCUCUCUCUGAGGGGAACUCUGCACUCCCCACUGUCAGGACACUGUACAAACUGUUUGAUGAGCAGCUCUGGGAAUCUGACUUCCUCUUAGAUCUGUACUCUCAUGUCAAAGAAUGCAAAGCACAAACUGCCAGUAGUCUCCUCCCAGCACUGCAGCCAUUAUACCAGUCAGCUUGUUCAGCCUGGUCCAUAGACCUGUCAGAGAGAAAGGCCUCCGUUCUCCUGGAGGUGCUGAAACUCCAGAACCAGAAGAGACCAGUAGAGCUGAGAGGCUGGUCAGAUAAAGAGAGUGAAGUGAGGAGUUUCCUUCAGUGUCUGCCCUACAUAUCACAGCUUAGAUUGACUCAACCUCAGCUUGAGCAAACAUCUUCUGUGGAGUGGAAACACAAAGUGAAGUCAUUCCUCAUGGAUCUGUGUCUACAAGCAUUCCUUCCUGAGAGGGACUCACCACCCACCAUUGUGACUCUGUACACACUGUUUGAUGAGCAGUUCAGUGAAUCUGACUUCCUAUUAGAUCUGUACUCUCAUGUCAUAGACCGCAAGGCACAAAUGAUCAGUAGCCUCCUCCCAGCCCUGAAGCCAUUAUACCAGUCAGCUGGUCUGAUCUGGUCCAUAGACCUCUCAAAGAUAAAGGCCUCCAUCCUCUUGGAAGUGCUGAACCUCCAGACCCAGAAGAGACUAGAGCUGAGAGGCUGGUCAGAUGAAGAGAGUGAAGCACAAAAAAUCAGCAGUCUACUCCCAGCACUGCAGCCAUUAUACCAAUCAGCUGCUGCAGUCUGGUCCAUAGACCUCUCGAAGAGAAAGGCCUCCCUUCUCCUGGAGGUGCUGAAAUUCCAAAACCAGAAGAGACCAGUAGAGCUGAGAGGCUGGUCAGAUGAAGAGAGUGAAGUGAGGAGUUUCCUUCAGUGUCUUCCCUACAUCUCACAGCUCAGAGCCUUCCCCAUCGCAAUCAUGGAAACCCAGGAGGGCAUUCACGGGGCUGAGGCUGGGCCACGAGACGGCAGACAAAUCAAGGGGGACCUGCUGCGCCUGGAUUGUAUUGACUUGUACGACACAUUCAGUCUCCCCGUCUCUCUCCAGUGUGACCGCCGUCCCAGUCUUAAGUUCUACCGCAAACACUUCACCCAAGGUGGCUCGGCGCGAUUGACUCAACCUCAGCUUGAGGGGAGAUCUUUUGAGGAGUGGAAACACAAAGUUAAGUCAUUCCUAAUGGACCUGUGUCUGCAAGCAGCUCUCUCUGAGGGGAACUCUGCACUCCCCACUGUCAGGACACUGUACAAACUGUUUGAUGAGCAGCUCUGGGAAUCUGACUUCCUCUUAGAUCUGUACUCUCAUGUCAAAGAAUGCAAAGCACAAACUGCCAGUAGUCUCCUCCCAGCCCUGCAGCCAUUAUACCAGUCAGCUCCAGAAGUCUGGUCCAUAGACCUGUCAAAGAGAAAGGCCUCCCUUCUCCUGGAGGUGCUGAAACUCCAGACCCAGAAGAGACCAGUAGAGUUGACAGGCUGGUCAGACGAAGAGAGUGAAGUGAGGAGUUUCCUUCAGUGUCUGCCCUACAUUUCACAGCUCAGUUUCUAUGAAAAUAUUAUGCGUGAAAAGCCAGAUGCAGCUGUCCAGUUCUUGGUGAAGCUCAGUGUGGCAGCAGCUGAGUGUGACUCCACCUCAGAAGAGAGAUUAUCUGCACAUCUGUCCUCUGCAUGCAGCUACAGCUCCUUCCCCUGUCCUCAUCUUUCAGGGGAAUAUGACAUUCAAAGUAACUUCCUACUGGAUCUGUAUGUCCACCUCCAGUCCCAUGGAAUUGAAACAGCGAGGAAACUCCUGUCACCAUUUAAGUUGCUUUACCAGUCAGCUCUUCCAGUCUGGUCCAUAUACCUGUCAGAGACAAAGGCCUCCCUUCUCCUGGAAGUGCUGAAACUCCAGACCCAGAAGAGACCAGUAGAGCUGAGAGGCUGGUCAGAUGAAGAGAGUGAAGUGAGGAGUUUCCUUCAGUGUCUGCCCUACAUCUCACAACUCAGCUUCUGUCCUCCUAUUGUGUGUGACAAGCCAAAUGCAGCUGUCCAGUUCUUUCUUAAGCUCAGUGUGGCAGCAGCUGAGUGUGACUCCACCUUAGGAGAGAGAUUAUCUGCACAUCUGUCCUCUGCAUGCAGCUACAGCUCCUUCCCCUGUCCUCAUCUCUCAGGGGAAUAUGUCUUUCAAAGUGACUUCCUACUGGAUCUGUAUGUCCACCUCCAGUCCCAUGGAAUUGAAACAGCGAGGAAACUCCUGUCACCAUUUAAGUUGCUUUACCAGUCAGCUCCAGAAGUCUGGUCCAUAAACCUGUCAAAGAGAAAGGCCUCCCUUCUCCUGGAAGUGCUGAAACUCCAGACCCAGAAGAGACCAGUAGAGCUGAGAGGCUGGUCAGAUGAAGAGAGUGAAGUGAGGAGUUUUCUUCUGUGUCUGCCAUACAUCUCACAACUCAGUUUCUAUCAGAGUAUUCUGCCUGUAAAGCAAAAUGCAGCUGUCCAGUUCUUGGUGAACCUCAGUGUGGCAGCAGCUGAGUGUGACUCCACCUCAGGAGAGAGAUUAUCUGCACAUCUGUCCUCUGCAUGCAGCUACAGCUCCUUCCCCUGUCCUCAUCUCCCAGGGGAAUAUGUCUUUCAAAGUAACUUCCUACUGGAUCUGUAUGUCCACGUCCAGUCCCAUGGAAUUAUAACAGCUCAGAAACUCCUGUCACCAUUUAAGUUGCUUUACCAGUCAGCUCCAGAAGUCUGGUCCAUAGACCUGUCUGAGAGAAAGGCCUCCCUUCUCCUGGAAGUGCUGAAACUCCAGACCCAGAAGAGACCAGUAGAGCUGAGAGGCUGGUCAGAUGAAGAGAGUGAAGUGAGGAGUUUCCUUCUGUGUCUGCCAUACAUCUCACAACUCAGAGCCGAUUUAUGUACUCUGGGUGAAAAGCCAAAUGCAGCUGUCCAGUUCUUUGUGAAGCUCAGUGUGGCAGCAGCUGAGUGUGACUCCACCUCAGGAGAGAGAGUAUCUGCACAUCUGUCCUCUGCAUGCAGCUACAGCUCCUUCCCCUGUCCUCAUCUCUCAGGGAAAUAUUACAUUCAAAGUAACUUCCUACUGGAUCUGUAUGUCCACCUCCAGUCCCAUGGAAUUGAAACAGCUCGGAAACUCCUGUCACCAUUUAAGUUGCUUUACCAGUCAGCUCCUCCAGUCUGGUCCAUAUACCUGUCAGAGACAAAGGCCUCCCUUCUCCUGGAAGUGCUGAAACUCCAGACCCAGAAGAGACCAGUAGAGCUGAGAGGCUGGUCAGAUGAAGAGAGUGAAGAGAGGAGUUUCCUUCAGUGUCUGCCCUACAUCUCACAACUGAGUUUCUAUGAAGGUUACAAUCCUCAGUCUGCAGUGCUGGACUGUGUAUCUGUUGGGUCUCAACAAGAGCUGCUGCAGUUGUUCCAAAGCCUCAACUACACCCUCAGUCUAGAGAUGGACCUGCCCAGCUCUAAAUGCACAUCUGUGGGGCGUACACUCGGCUGGAUCAGCUCCAAACUGGACCUUACACUGACACCUGAUCACAUCUCUCUCAGGGGAGUUGAGUUGAUGUUCAGAAGAGUCAGACAUCUGCACAAACUAAGAUUGAAUGACAUAAUGGUGAUGAGGCUGGCUAAAGUGGUGAGGACCGGAAGACGAUGUGCUCCAAUCACGUGGGCCGUGCUGAGCUGCCUGUCUGUCCUCCUCAGGCUCUGGACAGUCCACUGUCUGGAUCUGAGCUCCUGCAGCUUUGAAAGCCACUCUCUCAUCAUGCUUCUCAGUCUACAGGGUGCUUUCAAGCUCAGACUAACAACAGAAAAGAUACAGCUGCUGGUUUUGCUGGUGUCUGAAGUUGAAGACAAGGAAAUCACUGAUUCUUUCCUGGAAAAGGUCGAGAGCGACCUCAGCUAUUGCACUUUGACGAAGGAAGUGCUUCUGAGCCUGCUGCAGCACAGCUCUACAACUGUCACUGUGGACUACAGGAAGUGUGGAUUUGGAGAAAAGUACACUCUAGAACUCCUUCCUCUGUUGGAUAGGAUACGAUUCCAGAGGCCCACUCCAGGCUUCAUCAUGUCCAUCAUCAGAGACAUCUACCAGACUCGCUCUCCACACCAUGUCAGCAGCCUUCUGAAAUAUACAGGGAACUGCCUCAAUCUGACCACCAGAGUCCUGGAUGCUGCUGACUCCACUGCACUGCAUUACAUCUUGCAGCAAAGCCAGGGAGUCAAGCUCAACCUGAUGUGGACCUCUACACCAGACGGGGCUCUAGAGAGCAUUGUACCGCUCCUCAGCAAUGUGUCCCGACUCAGUGUCGGCAGGCAGCAACUGCUGAGGAUCCUUCACUGCUGUGCCUCUUCAGAUGUCCAGCAGGGGGCCUCUCUAGCUCUUCUUCAGGCCAUACAGCACAGACUAGACUUUUCCUGCUGCUCCGCCAUGGACCUGACAGAUGAUACACAGGAAGUUCCCAUGAUGCACCUAAGAGCUGAGGACUGCAGGGUCAUCGCCAUGGUGAUGGGGAUGAAGAAGACCACCAAGACCCAACUCACUCUGCUGGACUGCCAUAUGGAGGAGGCAGGCUUAGAACACUUGUUCUGGGUUCUAGAUAAAGCCACUCUGCGGUGCAGUAAGCUCCAGUUGUUGCAGUUCCUGGCUGGGCUGAGCGUUGGCUCUGAACGGGAGUGUAUUAGGAGGUCCAAGUGCCUGUGCCUGGCUCUGGGUCAGCAAGUGGACCUGAGUCACACGGUGCUGGACCAAGGGGCCUGUGGAACUCUGGCGCUGCUUCUAGAAUAUUCUGAAGGGCUGGAAGAACUGGACCUCAGCAACUGCCAGCUAACUGACCAAUGCAUCCAACUCCUGCUCCCACAGCUGCACAAAACAACCAUUUUGGAUGAUAACAACAUCACUGACAUUGGGGCUAUACAAAUCUACAGUGUGGUCAACACAACAAGCUCUAUUCUCAAAGUGAGGCUCUUCAACAACAAAAUUGAUAGAAAACUCCUCUACCAAGGAGACGGGCGCUUUGAGCUGUGGUGAUAUGGCCAGCCCAUAUUUCCUGUGGCACUGCAGAACAUGUUACUUCCUGUGCCGCUACACGACGUGUCACUUCCUGUGAUGCCGCCAAACAUUUAGAGAUCAGGUCAAGUCAGGUCUGGCCAAGUAGGCUACCUCGGACUUUUCAAGGUUCCUUGAGCUGGGGAACACUGGGACGCCACUCAUGAGUGAAAUGGGAUUUUAGUUUCACUCUCUUCAUAAAAACAGGGGAAACUCUCAGGGGAAAUGAAGUGCCCUAAUGAUAUUGUAUAGGCCAAUCAUUUUUUGUCAUAUUUUGCAAAUUAGUUAUGGUGAGAUGUGUUUAAUAUGUUGUUAGCCAUGCUGCAGAUGGGUGUUCUAUUUCUACUCUUGAAACUGGCUGUGCUGUAAAAGUUGUGUACAUAUAGUGUGAUGCAGCAUACAGAAGAGGUGUUUACUAUUGUCCUCACUCUACAUUGAUCAGAGAACUAAUGAGCUGCAUUUUCAAUUACAUGUUUGAAAUGACUUUUGUAUUGGUGUUUUACUUUUUACAUUGUGUUUUACUGUAAUAUAAUUUCAGGGAAACACAGGCAUCAUAAUUUUUGUACAAGCUAAUAUUAUUGAUUUUCUAGCAAGGUUCUGAAAUGUUUGUGCAGUAACGUUUUUGUAGCAAUCGUGCCAAGGUGUGUUCUACAGUUUCUGUAUUUUUGUUAAAACUGUGGCAGCAUGGUCAAUGUUCUGUAAAUACUUGUAUUAUGUACAGUAUAUUUCAGUAGAAGGGUCUGUUCCCUCUCUGUCUUCUGCAUUGGCCAGAGAACAAGUUACCCAAUGUUGCUCAACAAGACAAGGCAUUCAGCAAACAUUUAAAUAUUCCUUUUUUUAUUUUUUAUGUCAUGGAGAAAUAUCCAUGCCAUGUAUAUCACAUAAGCAAAGACAUACCGGUAGAUAAUUACACAAUGCAAAGUUUGUAUUUUUUUUAAUUUUUGUUGUUUGUUUUCACCCCUCAGAGUGAUGCUGGAAUAAUGUGUUGAUAGCCAAGUUGUGUAUAUCCAUCUGUAUUCCUGUUAAAGUGUGGUGGCAGAGAUGUAAAAUGUCUGUACAGCACAUGCAGCAUACGUGUCUGCUCUAACUUUUUUUUCUCUUCAGUUAUCAGAGAACAAGUGUGCCAAUGUUGCUCAACAAUAGAAGGCAUGAAAUAACUAACAAGUGAGCUGAGGUUGCCCAUAAGAAGGCUGGGAUUGAUCAUACAAAUGUGAUGCUUUUGUCAUGAAUACAAUUGUCAUGCAUGCAGUGUAUUUCUCAUGAGGAAUGUUGUGAGCUUGUUUACAUACAGUAGCACAAUUUUUACCUUGCAACUGAUUUUAUUUGUUUGGUUUCUUUAAAAUGUAGGUAAAUAUAGGUAUAUGUUUGAGAACAUUUAGUUUUACAGCCAUAUAGAGGUACUUAUUUGUUAUAACUUACAGUGUUAUUAACUAUCCGGCAGAAAUGUUUUAUUUUCCUGCUGGCUACGAUGUUUUACCUCAGAGAUUACUUUUUCACCUGCAGAGGGUGUCAGAUGUAUACUAACAUUUCAUGUUCCAAGUGCUGGGGAUUGUGUUGUAU